GUUGGAUUUCCAGUCCAAUCACCCACCAGGUUACAGCACUGUCAUUUUUACUUCUGGAACCUUGGAUGGUCUGCUGAAGUCACAAGUUAAGCAAGAUGGAUGAUAUCGAGGACCGACUGCGCAGCCACGCACAGGCCUUUGACGGCCUUUUGUCUUUGAUCCCCGCGAAGUAUUACUACGGUGAUGAUGGCAGCCAGGACCAAUGGCAGCGCAAAAAGCAGACCAAAGAGGAAGCUCGUGAGGCGAAACGGGCCAAGUUGGACCCCGCCUCUUCCAAAACCGCCAAGGACAUCAUGGAUGAAAAUGCCCGCAAGCGCAAACGGGAGGAGAAGGAUGGAGCCCAAUCAGACGACGCGUCAGAAGGGCCUGAAGAUCUCGGCUCCGAGGCUCCCAAGGAGGGGUUGAAGCGCGGCGAUGUCAAGCAGAAGAAGCAGAAGCAAACCGCAGACGCUUCGAAAUCCAACGAGGACGCGGAGGCGCGGAAGAAGAUGAGGGAAGAAAAGAAGGAGCAGAAGAAGGCCAGCCAAAAGGAGAAGAAGAAGGCCAAGGUUGAGGCGAAGAAGUCUACACAGCCUGCACGGAAAGAGCAGGAGACCGCGACGAAACCCGAGGCGAAACCCAGCAAACAAGAGUCAAAGGCUGGAGCGAGUGAUGAUAACGACGAUGAUGAUGCUGAAAACGAAGCCGCGGCAGAAGGGUUCUCUUUGGAGUUCAACGCCGAGCAGACAGAGAACCCCUCGUCAGUUUCCUCGACGCCAAACUCCCCCGGGUUUGAUGCAUCCAACGUACACUCCGGCAGCUCUUCCAUCUCCUCCAUCGUCCCUCCCACCGCCCCUACUGAUGCCUCCAAUGCCGAGAGCAAGCCCCUGAAAGCCACCCCCGAAGAGUUGAAGCAGCGGUUACAAAAGCGCCUCGACGAGUUGCGCGCCGCGCGGCACGCCGACGGGUUCGACGGCAAGCCCGCUCGCAACCGCCAAGAACUGAUCGAAGCCCGCCGCCAGAAGGCCGAAGAGCGCAAGGAACACAAGAAGGAAUUGCGACAAAAGGCGAAGGAGGAGCUGCAGCGCAAGAACGACGAAGCCAUCGCCAAGCGCUUCUCCCCCGGCGGCUCGGGAUCCCUCCUCGCUUCGCCGCGGUCCCCCGCCGACUCGGUCGGCUCAAACAGCAACAGCUACUCCUUCGGCCGGGUCAUGUUCGCCGACGGCCAACACACCGACCCGACCCUGUCUAACAUCCGCGACGAGCGCAAGCGCCAAGUGGUCCAGGACCCCGCGGCAGCCCUCAAGACAGCCGAGUCCAAGAAGGCGCGAUUCGACAGCCUGGACGCCGAGAAGCGGGCCGAGCUCGAGGAGAAGGACAUGUGGCUGAACGCGAAGAAGCGCGCUCACGGCGAACGCGUCCGCGACGACACCUCGCUGCUCAAGAAGGCUCUCAAGCGCAAGGAGUCGGCCAAGAAGAAGAGCGAGCGCGAGUGGCAGGAGCGCCUGGAUGCCGUCCGCAAGGGCAAGGACAUGAAGCAGUCGAAGCGCGAAGAGAACCUCCGCAAGCGUCGCGACGGGAAAGGCGGCGGUGACAAGAAGGGCAAGAAGAAGGCGCCCUCCCGGCCUGGCUUCGAGGGAAGCUUCAAGACUAAGGUCGGCGGAAAGAAGAAAUAAUCACGUCCCUUCUACUUUACCUAGGCAUCCGUCAACCUAGGGUAUCGUCCUUUAUACUACCUUACUUCGAUCUUCCUUUUCCUCCAGAUGUAGCCUGCCCUCUUCCGUUUCUUUUCCCCACGAUCUAUUGCCGUGAGAAAAGACGUCAUGCAUAUGAUCUAUUCCCGGCGAGAACCAAUUCCCGAAAGGGCGAGAGAGAGACAGGCUACAACUGGAAAUCCCCAAAGGCAAAACGAGCAAGGAAAGCGCGAGGAUUCCAACCAAAAAAAAGAUUACGGAGAUAUGGUGUUUGGGUGCGUUUGGGAGGGGGUUUUUGACUUUUCUUUCAUCUGUCAUGAUUUUUUUUUUUUUUCUUCCUUCCCUUCUUCUCUUCCUCACAUCUUUUUUCUUCUUCUUCAUCUUCUUCAUCUUCGAGUCGUUGUAAAUGUGCAUACCUAGGCAGCGAUC